UAGGUAUUGUCAUGGCAAUGCCGGAGCCGCCUGUCAAGCCCCCUAGGGGCGUAAAAUAUGCUAAAGAAACGAAACUGAUCAAUCCAUAAUACUUCUCUGCUGGCACUACUUAGAAUCUUCAUACACAGGACUCUCUGUGCAGAGUGCAUUAAACUGCUGUGAAAAGAAAUUCUGUGGGUGUUGACUGGCAGCGAGAUCAUAGUGGAUUAUUGAUGUCAGUGAUACGGACUCUGUCUGCAAGUGAGUCAAAUGAACAGCGAGACAGAGAAAAGGGUAAAUUGGAAAGAGAAUACAAGAAAAGUGACCAAAGAUUGGAUGAACUUGUCUCAUUGCAUGAUCAAGAUCUUACACGUGUUAUGCAGCUGUUUGGAAAGCUCUCUACCAGAGUGCAAUUGUCACGAGAAAAAAUUCAUGCUGUUAAAGAAAACUUACACGCUUGCAAAAUGCUCCUCCGGUGUCGGAGGGAGGAACUGAAAAAAUUGUGGCUUGAAGGAGUUGAGCAUAAACAUGUUCUGGAACUCUUAGAACAAAUUGAUCAGCUUCGGGAGGUUCCUUCAAAGCUGGAAAUGCAUUUGUCAAAGAAACAUUACCUGCAUGCAACCAGGCUUUUGGUUUCUGCUCUUUCUAUGGGAGAAGGUGACUUGGAAGGUGUUGAGGCUCUUCGUGAAGUCAGGAUGGAACUACAGUCCAAGAAGGAGAUACUCCACACGAAACUUACCGAGGAGCUGAGCCAGCAGCUGUACACACACCGUAAGCUUCAGGAGAACAUCCCUCUGCGCCGCCAGGGGUCUGGACGUGACAACUUGCUGUCGGGUUCACUUUCACCAUUUCAACGGGGCUCUGAACUUCGUGCUUCCACGAAAAGUUCCAGACACUUGUUAGAUCCUGGUACUAACAUCAGUCAGGGAAGCAGAGCUAGUCCGGGACCGAUGCAACUAAAAAAUGAGGACUUAAUGAAUAUCAAGGAAGAUACAGAUUUAGAAGAUCCAGAAGCUAGCUCUGAGCACUUCAUGGCAAUUUUGGUAGAAUGCUUAGCCUUGCUGCAUAAGCUGCCAGAUGCUAUUGAGGCUGUAAAGACAAAUAUGCAGAGUGAACUGCUGGCAGUUCUCUCACGGGUAACUCAACAGGUGCAAGACCAUUCUUCAUCAAAUGCCCCACUCCAGCUGCCUACUUCCAACAUUCCAGUGCUGACAUCUGUACCAUCAACUGGUCCUGCAUUUCUGCUGGAGCUGUUCAGUUCUGUAUUUGUACAACUGAGAUGUAUCACAACUGCUCAUGCUUCAUUAUUACACAUUUUUUCUUGCAUUGCUGAAAAACAUCACGUCGAUGUCCACCUCUAUGAAAUGGCUGAUGUCUGGUCAAAAAUACAAGCUGUUCUGCAGUUGCUCCUUACAGAUUACUUAGACAUUCAGAACACAAGUGGAGAGCCCCAGCAGGCUCCCUCAUUUUCAGAAUCAGCAAGUGACAUGUCUGUCUUCUUCACAAGAAAGAAACCUUCCAGACAGAAAAAGAGUCCAUUGUUUAAAUUUGACUAUUCAUCCCAUGCUCUAACCAUGAACAGUUAUCUCAAGGACCAGUGGAAGAGUGAUAGAGUUAUGAAGGACUAUGAAGAUCCAGUGCACCCUAAAAAGCCUAAGCAACUGGUAUGCCAACCAGAUCCUCAGAAUAUCAUAUACAUCUUCAUUCCCCUGAUGAAAUUCAUUGAAGAAACUGAAAAAGAAAUUGGGUGUAUCUCAACCAGUCACUGUACACUGAAGGCAUUUUUGGCUGAUUAUGUGAAGGAAGUCUUCUUGGGACGUCAUCAUGUGACAGUUGCAGGGAAGAUAGAAUUUGCAACCAAAGCACCAGAUGCCUGGAGAGCCAUGACAAAUCCAGAUACAGUCAAGAACUUAAGGCUACCCAGGCCGUUAUUACAGAGUACUGUGAUAGUUGAGCAAUGUGUUCAGGAGCUUCGUGGUCUGAUGCAAUCACUUCCAGUAUACUCAGAGCAUUUUCUAGCCAUAAUAUGCAAUAUUGUGCGUGGGUAUCGAGAAACUUGUCAGGCUGCUUAUCGUGGCAUUGUGCAACCUGAUUCUGAGGAUAAACGAAUUUGUAGUGCUGCCUGGUUACGCGAUGAAGACAUUAGCCGUUUUAUCAAGUCCCUACCAAACUGGGUGGACCUCCAAGCAUCAAAGAAGGAAAGCACUAUAGGAGCUGUAACAGUGGAGGAAGAGAGUCCAGAGGAAGUACGGCAGCGUAACAUGAGGGAAGCGGAGAUUUUAGCCAGCAACUUGGGAGAAGGUGGAAUCAGUCGUUAUGAAAUAUUGUCUGAUGUGGGGCAGCUACGUCGCCUUGCCCAUCUGCAAGAGAGUAUGGAGUGGUUUUCAUCAUCAGUGAUGUCUUUUGCUGAAGAAUUGCUCCAUAGUAGCUCUGUCUCAAACCACUCUGCAACUACCUUGGACCAGUUACCGCCCUUACCUGAAUCAUCUGUACAGUGCCUUCUGCAAUUGGCUAAAGAAUUUGAAGAAUUGGCCAACACGUGCCUUUUAGUUCUUCAUCUCGAGGUCCGUGUGCAAUGCUUCCACUACUUGUUACCACAGGCUGACACAUUCAAUAGAUUUGCAGGGGGUGGAAUGGACUCGCAAGAGCCAGACCCACAAGUUUUUAAACUCAGCCAAGUCCUUAUCAACAUUGAUGAGGCAAUGACAUCCAGCCUUCAGCCACGAAAAAUCAAGUAUAUAUUUGAAGGUUUGGGACACCUGAUUGCAAAAAUCUUGAUCAGCUCUGCACAGUACAUCAGACAGAUUGACGAAGGCGGAAUUCGAAAAAUGUGUCGCAAUAUUUUUGCUUUGCAACAGACUCUCACCAACAUUACAAUGGCCAGAGAGAUAGCAUUGGAUCAUGCAAGACAUUACUUUGAGCUCUUCUAUCUCACUCCAGAGGAAAUACUAAGCAGAGUGAUGGAGAAAGGACAGAGUUUCUCAGAACUGGAAUACAUGAAUGCCUUCCAGUUAAUACAUCGCAGUCAAUCUGAUUCUGAUUAUGGUGCUGUUAACCUUCACCUUAAACGCUUAUCUGACAUUUUAGGAGAAGUGUCUGUAACAGUGUAAAGAUUUGCAAGUGUGCUGCAAUUCAGGUCUCUUGCAAGGUAUUGUGAUCCAAUUUUUAGCACUGUGAAGCUUCAGCGUAUCAUUUUGACUGCUUGUGUCAACUUAAACUGAUAAAUUCCAGGAAUAGAAUGGAACAAGUCUACCAGAAAAAGUCACACUUAAUAAAUUACUUUAUUUCUUGUUGCAAUGCCCCCCCACAUGCAGACACACACACACACACACACACACACACACACUGUUUUUUUAUACUGAGAUGAGGAAGCGACUUGUUACUUUCUCAGUUUACUACCGAAGAGGUAUGUAUUAAAUUUCUCUAAAAUUCAACUUAUUGUCAUUUACUUAAUAUCUGCCUUUUUUCUUGGAACUGUCUUUCACACUUUGAGCCUGUCUGAUUUUGCAUAUAAUUAUUCCAGUGUGUAAAAAAAAAAGGAGACUGUAACAACUGAUUCUUUUCAGAAUCUGAAAAUGUUGACAGAGAAGUGACAAAAUUACAAAAUAAUGCAGGUGUAAAAUGACUGAUUUGUAUACACAGGAGUGUAUCAGCAAUAGUAUUUGCUUCAUUCAAUCUGGUAAUGUCUGGUUAAUGCCACUUAGCAUAUAACUAUAACAUCAUAAUAGAUUAUAUCAACCAUACUAAUAACUAUCAAUGUUGUAAUUUUUUAUGACAUACAUAAAAACUUUUUGUCAGGAAUGACCUAAAUGCUAAAGUGGCACAACUUAAAACUGUGCAAAUAAGUUACAAAAUAUUUUAAAAGGACUUACCUCUGGCCAGAGAAAAAAAAAAGAUUGAUACAGGAAGUGAUGCAAUGAGGUUUCACUGUGUACAUGGAUUAUUUAAAAGAAUCAGUAACCUGUGUACUUCAGUGCAGUUUUCUAUAGCACUGUAUUUUUUAGGCAAGCAUCUUUCAGUUUCUUACUUUUUGUAUUGAAAAAGUGGAGAAUGACAACUGCAUUAAUCUGUACACAGUCUUGGCUUCUUAUUAUUGCUUAAAUAUUAAUCCCAACUGUUUGUAAAUAAAAAAUUAACUUAUUUAAAGAGCUAGCGGUAAGAAAGAAAUUGUGUUUUAAAAACUAGCUUACAUGUGGCAUAUUGUGUACAGACACAUGAGCUAUAUUCUUAUGAUAACAGCCAAGACAAUAGUAAUGCAUGUCAUUUCAGUAUGUGCCAACUCACUUGUUACUGUUAUGGAAGAACAUAUUGUUACUAUCUUUGUCUACUGAUAAAUCGACAAAGUACAACUAUUGUUUUUGUGUACCUUGUUGUUGAGUUCCACUGUAACAAAAGUAAGUAAUUGCUAUAAAAACAAUGUAUUGUACUUUUAUACAUACCUUUAGCAUAGUAUAUUACACUAGUUAUCUAAUGCUUUUUCUGACAUUACAAUUUGCCAUUUUCAUGGCUUACGUGCUGUAACUAAGUUUUGUCAGAUGUAACUGUUAUUUUACUCCUUUUUUUCCAUAGUACCUAUUGUACAAAGAUGUUCUUUUCACUGAAAUUGAUUUCCUGUAAUGUCAUGAAGAAUAUACAGUAAAUAAUAUUAGAAGACA